AUGGCAUCAGACGAAGCAUAUUUUGGAAGCUUGUCGGUCCCAUUGUUUGGAGUUUUGACAUGUGCUGGCAUCUAUUUCCUGAGACGUUAUUUGAAAGGUGCACAAUUCAAUGAAUAUGUGGAAGCAAGAGGAAAAAUAGCAUUAGUUACUGGUGCAAGUGCGGGUAUAGGGAAGCAAACAGCUCGAGAGCUUAACCUUCGGGGUGCCACCGUUUACAUGUUAUGCAGAAAUCAUGCAAAAUCGCAAAAUGCAAGAAUCGAAUUGACAAAAUUGGGUUGUGAUCCAACGAGGUUAAUAUUGAAAGAGGUGGAUUUGGCCAGGUUUGCAACGAUUCGAAAAUUUUCUGAUGAAAUCAAGCGCGAAGUGGGUAAAAUAGACAUACUUGUAAACAAUGCAGGAAUAAUGUUUUAUCCAAAAUUCGAGUUGACAGAAGAUGGCCAUGAAAUUACAUGGCAAACGAAUUACCUCGGACACUUUUUACUUACUGAACUACUACUCCCGUUGAUUAUGAAAUCACCGAAUGGACGAAUUAUUAACGUUUCCAGUUCACUUCACAAGACAGCUGAUAGUGUUGAUAUUUCCAUAGUUAACAACAAAAAGUACUUCAGUAAAUCGAUGCCUUACGGCAGAUCUAAGUUAGCUCAGGUUAUGCAUGCCCGUGAAUUAACAAGACGACUAAGGACAAAGGAUCCAGGAACUACAGUGACAAUCAAUGCUGUACAUCCUGGUGUUUGUUUCACUGAACUUAUGCGCUACACGAUUUUCAGCCGGAAAUAUAUCCUAAAAAUCAUCUCUCCAAUUCUGUGGUUCUUCAUGAAAACUGAUAAGGAUGGUGCGCAGACAACAUUAUAUGUAGCGUUAAGCAAAAAUGUGGAGGGUAUUUCAGGCAGAUAUUUUGGGGAAUGUAAAGAACAUACUUCUUCGUCGAAUUCAUUGGAUGACGCUAAAUGUAAUAUACUAUAUAAUGAGAGUUUGGAAGCAGUGAAGCUAUCGGAAUAAUUUGGUUGCGCUAAAUUUGCAGGGAUUAUUAUUCAUAUUAGCUUGUCAAAACUGAUUUGUUAGAGAGUGAAGAUAUCCUUAGUUGGUUAAGCUCACAUUUCUCUGAAUUUUUUUCUAAUAGGAGUAAAUGUGCCAUGCUAAAUAUGCUGCGAGAUGCAGCGCUUUAACUAUG